AUGAAGCGACCAGCAAACACUGGGGAGACGGGGACGCUGAUGCUCCGGUGGAAGAGGACGUGGAGGCUUAGGGAUAUGAUUACAGUCAUUCACGGUGGUCGCAGUGAAGAGUCGUACACCAUGCAGUAUCUCCAGCAGAUCAUAUACAAUGCCGGUCUCCGUCAUCCUAAACAAGGAGCACAGAGCCAUCUAGUACACAGGGAGGAAUGCGAAGGGAAGGAACCUGGCCUAGAAGGCGAGGAGGGAGACUCACUUACCUCCAGCCCCAGACACCGCCGGGACAGCGGAAGUGUGGCAUCACGCGAGGGACUCUCUCCCAAGAUGUCUCCUCGCCACUCGCCGCGGGAGUCCCUCAACUCCUCCCCAGCACACAUGGGAUCGCCUCGGGCCACGCCUCCGGCACUCCGCCCGCUGCUAUCAUCACCCUCAUUUACACGAUGCUCCGACAACGAGGCCGAUAUUCUCGACUUUUCUCUACGACGUUCUCCGGCCUUGACUAGGGACGACAACCUCAGCAUGUCGGCCAGGUCGUCUCUAGCAGGAUCGCCUCCCCCAGGUCUCCCACGCCUUGGUGACUCUCCACUGGACUUGUCGGUGCCCCGCAAGAGGGCAGCGGAUGCCCUGCUGGAAGCGGCACAGGGCAAGAUGCACCAUGAUCUUGCCAAGGGGUUAGGGGCGUGGGGUAUUCCCCUGCCACCCCACCUUGCUUCUGCUAUGGCUCUCAGACCAGACCUGGCACUGUGGAAUGGAAAACUGAAGGGUGACAGCAUCUCCACAAAGCUUCCACCGUUCCCUAUGGGCGCAAUUCCACACUCACCCUCAGAGGGUUCCAGAGCCUUGGAACGUAUGAGUGAGUUGAGUAGGCUGGGAGGCGACAGCGGCCUGGAUCUGUUCAGAGGGGGGCUGGGUGGCAGUGCUGGUCGGGCCACUGCUUGGCAGAGUCAUUGGCUUAGCAAGGGUCAGGACGCCACUAAGGAUGUGCUUAAGUGUGUGUGGUGCAAAGCUUCAUUUAACACUUUGGCUGAACUCACGACCCACAUGAAAGAGGCCAAACACUGCGGGGUUAACCUGCCACCCCCUAUCCCACCGCCCUCAUCCAGCGCUGCCUCAAUCCACACCCACCUGCCGCCUCAGUACACGCCCACCAAGACACAAACCUCAAAACCGCCUUCUUCUUCUUCCUCAAUUGCGUCAGGAUCUUCAUCGUCAAGUGACCUGAUGUCAAGUAUUAAGGAGACGAUGCCGCUGCCCAGGAAGCUCGUGCGUGGUCAGGAUGUAUGGCUGGGCAAGGGCGCCGAGCAGACCCGACAGAUCCUCAAGUGUAUGUGGUGCGGCCAGAGUUUCAAGUCUUUGGCUGAAAUGACCCAGCAUAUGCAACAAACACAACACUACACUAACAUUAUCUCUCAGGAGCAGAUUAUCUCAUGGAAAUCCCCCGAAGAAAAGUCUAGUAGCCAGAGUCACGUAAACGCCGUGCUCACCUGUAAGGUGUGUGACCAGGCAUUUGCUUCUCUUAAAGAACUUAGUAAUCACAUGGUAAAGAAUGCUCACUAUAAGGAGCACAUCAUGCGGUCCAUUACGGAAUCAGGAGCGCGACGAAGGCAGACACGUGAGAAACGAAAGAAGUCAUUACCUGUGCGCAAGCUUCUGGAACUGGAGCGAGCUCAGCAGGACUAUCGUUCAUCCUCCGACGUAGGGAGGGGCAUGAAGGACCAUUCAGGGUCAGGACGCAUCUCUUGUGAAAAGUGCGGCGACAAGAUAGAAACUUCGUUAUUCGUGGACCAUAUCCGCAACUGUGUAGGCGCUUCUUCCCGUGACCUGCUCAAGUCAGCCCUGCUAUCCCCCGACAGCGACUACAGCAACAAACUCGACUCUGCCCCUGAGACUGACAGUGAAGGCAAGAAGACGCCCGAGAAAACCCCUCGCGAUAGUCCAAGGGAAAGAGACUUUGAUAAACCAAAGGGUCGUGGUGCUUCCGAGUCUCCAUCAGUCUUAAAUGCCCUCGAGAAGUUGAUCGAAAAGAGUUUUGACUCUGGCAAGGCAAAACCCGGAACCGGGCCUCUUGGGUCAAGCAUCCUCCGUCGACUUGGUAUUGAUGAGAGCGCCGACUAUUCCAAGCCGUUGAUGGACCCUCAGCUGGUGGGGAUGUACGCCACAUUCUCCCGGCUACACGGUGUACCGCCUCACGGCGCGGGUGCACCUUCCACCUUCAAUCUACCACCUUCAUUCGGCUCAAGUGACAGAGGCGGGGGAUUACGAGGCCUGGGGGAUUCCAUGAUGAGUCCAAGUGCAGACUCUGACACACGUGACACAUUCCCGCGGUCACCGUCGCGGCCUGGGUCGCGCCCCGCCUCCACGGGCUCAAUAACACGGGAUGGUAGCGGCAGCGAAAGGUCGCUGGAGUUGCUGCGGCCGGACAGCCACCCAACCGCUGCCACCCCCGACGAUAUCGCACCCACUGAGAAUGGUGCUGACCAUUCUGACAAUGAGCAUGGGAGUAUUUGUGGCAGGGAGGAGGUGAAACAAGAACCUCUAGAGACAAACGGAGAAAUUAGUGACCGUGAGUCUGUGUCUGCCAGGGAGGAGCUCAGAGUAAAGGAAGAGAUACGGGUGAAAGAAGAAUUCAAAUUGAAGGAAGAAGGAGAUGAAGAGGAAGAGAACGAUCUCACUCACGACGUAGGGCGUGAGUCUCCGGCCGGGCGAUUAAUGGGGUCCCCCGCAGGCUGCAGUAGCAGGUCUGGCACUCCUCAUUCUGAGGCCAGUGUCGGGGGACGCUCAGGCUCCGGCCUUGGGGCGUCUGCAUUAGGCGGCCUCUCUGCUCUACUUGGAGGUGGCGGCGAAGGAAUCUCUUCACAUCCUCUGGCGGCGCUACAGAAGCUGUGUGACAAGACAGAGACUCAGCCUCGGCCGCCACAAUCGAGCGGGGGGUCUGCUGGACCACAGACAAAUCCUGGGGCGAUUCUCGCUUUUUCUUGGGCGUGUAAUGAUGCAGUGACUGCCGACAGCAUCAUGAAAUGCGCCUUUUGUGACACUCCCUUUAUCAGUAAGGGUGCUUACCGACAUCAUCUGUCGAAGAUGCACUUUGUGAAAGACGGUGUGAUUCCCGACAACGCGGGUGGGAAGGCGAGUGGCGGAAAGCCACCUCCGACUGCUAAUAAGGCGGCCACGCCCCCCGCAGCCCCCGUGGAGGAGUCACCACACUCCAAGUUCCUGAAGUACACGGAGUUGGCCAAGCAGCUGUCCAGCAAGUAGUGCAGGCCGCUGCCCCGGGGUGGCCGCCCUCCCCCACGCCCCCACCCGCGCCCGCCAAAGACCCCCAGCCCCCGCCCGCCCCGUGUACAGUGUGGCGUGGCUCGUGUGUACAGUGUAACUAUUUAUCCUUCGUGAGAGCUUGGUGGCCCCUGUAGUCUUGUGAUACCUGGCAGCUUGGAGGCGGCGGCGGCCGGGGUCCCCUCAUAUCACCCGCCGCCCGGGACUGUCACUACCGGCGGGCGCUGCUCCCGUCCCCCGCCCGCAGGAAAGACACGUGCCAACAAUCAAAACAACCCGCAGAGUACAAAGUGUGUGUUGUGGGCGGGCUGGGUUGUGGUCACGCCCGUAGUAGCGAGGGAGCCCGCGCCCACAGCCGGCCCUGGACCACGGGGUGCCAGGGACCUGCAGGCGGCCGCGGGAGGGCGCGGCGCCCCCUGCCCCCCGGCGCGCCCUCGCCUCACGCUGUGUAUCCUCACCGCCCGCGACGAUGUGAUCGUCCCGGGCCGUCGCAAACUCUUAAUCGCUCACACUUGCUGUCACUUUUUCACAUAGUUAUUAAUAUAUAGACAAUGUAAGAUUAAGCUGACAUGGCAAUGAUCAAAUUGAUUGUUGAUAAUUAUUUGGAAAACAUCAAUGAUGUAUCAAUAUCAUCCUUUUUACAAUAUGCUGUCUUUGACUUGCUGAAAGUGAUCUCAAUGCUUUUAUUCCUAGUGUAAAGAUGCGCCUGACCAACACAACUGAUCUGCGAGGCUUGGAACCCCCAGCCUGGGUCCUGGCGUGAGCAGCGUCACCACCACCAGCCUCACCUCACCUCCUCCAACAGGCCGCCACCCUCCCUCCCGCUCACCUCCACCAGGCAACGCCCUCCCUCCACAACACUUCCCUGGCCAUCCAAACAUCGGUAGCUGUAUUCCCGACUGACGCUAUAACUGGUUUCUCAACCGCCACCAUUGUGUCCUCCUAAUAUUGGUUUUUACUGUUGUUUAACUCAGUCAUAACAACACUACAAAUCACUUCUCAUAACCAUAUGACUUUUGCUCACAAUACUGUUAUUAUAGCUUCCCUGAAAUGCAAGUCGCAGAUCAUAACACUACCUCACAAGUUUCCCGAAACUUUUGCACCUUAAAAUCCACCACCAGCACACACUAACACGCUGUAGGCCAUUUACGGUCACAUCUCUCUCCAACUUGCCUCAUGUGUUGUUGUACGCUGUAAUCCUGCCUAGUAGCUCCACUGGUAUCAUGCCUAAGUCUCGAUAUUGUAAUAAAAUAAUGAGCUGCCUCAGGGAUUCUGGGUCUCGCUCACCAUAAGACGUCAUUAGCGUGCAUCAGACAAUUAGUUUUUUCUCUCUCCUGGAUGUCAGUGCGCCAAGGUUGGUGUGUGUGUGUGUGUGUGUGUGUGUGUGUGUGUAUAUGUAUGUAU